GCUGGAACAAGUUGUAGUGGCAUCCAGAAGCCUGACUAGAUGUGUUCCCACAGGAAACGAGGUGAUUGCAGUAGACUGGAAGGGGCUGAAAGAUGUGGACCAAAUCAACAUGGACAGCACCAGCUCACUGCAUGGCAGCAGCUUCCAUCGACCUUCCACUGAGCAAACACGGACAGAUUUCUCCUGGGAUGGUAUCAACGAGUUUGGGAGAAAUAUAUCCCUCAUUUGCGGUUGCAUACAGAAAAGUUGGGAACAGUGCAGCAUGUCUAUGGAGGACUGGCAGCAGCCAAAGGGGGGCUUCUCACAGCCUGCUUCUGCCUCUCCCACUGACCUUGCCAUGCUCAGUCCCAAAACUAUGCAAUAUCCACUCUCCAUGGAAGACACGACCUCCAUCCUUCCCAAGCUGAAACGCAACUCCAAUGCUUAUGGGAUUGGGGCUUUGGCUAAAUCAUCUUUCUCUGCCCCUCCUUGUUUUCUAAUGUCUGGCCCCUUAGGGAUAUCUCGCAGCAUGAAGGACCAUGUCACAAAGCCAACGGCCAUGGGCCAAGGCCGGGUGGCUCACAUGAUUGAAUGGCAAGGCUGGGGCAAGGCUAACAGCCAGCAGCAGCAGCACACGCAUGAGACGGCCCGCAAGGACGCUGAUGCCUACUCAGACCUGAGUGACGGUGAAAAGGAAGCCCGGUUCCUUGCAGGGGUGAUGGAGCAAUUUGCCAUUUCUGAGGCAACUCUCAUGGCCUGGUCCUCCAUGGAUGGUGAGGAUGUGAGUGUAAACUCAAAUCAGGAGAACCCAGCAGGCAACUACUCCGAGAACUAUCAGGAGCUCAUGGAGAGCCAAGAGCAUAUGGCCCAGACGCAGUAUGACAGCUGGCCUCAUUCCUACGUCUCGCAGGGCAUGUAUUGCUUAGGUUCAUCUGAUGCCUGGGAGACCAGUGACCAGUCCCUCAUCGCCUCCCCAGCGACCGGCUCCUACUUAGGCCAGAAUUUUGAUGAGUCCCAGACAAACCUUCAGGAGAGCAUCCUGAUUCAGAGCAGCCUUCUCCAGCAGCAACAGCUGCAGCAACAGCGGCAGGAGCAGAACUUCAUCCAGAGCACGGGGCUGGUCCACGUGUGGCCCCUGCAGACUGCUCAGGGUGGGGGUGGGGCUGAGUCCAGCACGUACAUGGAGGACCACAUUGAGGAUGAAGGGAACCCACGGCUGGAGAAGGCUCCUCUCCUAAACAAGAAGCCCUCUCCAGAGGAGGAUGAUGCAGUGUGCCGGGACCUGGAAUCACUGUCUCCUCGAGAGGAGAUGGAACAUGCUGCACUGAGCCGCAAAGUCUCAGACGUCACCUCCUCUGGGGUGCAGUCCUUUGAUGAGGAAGAGGGAGAAACAAACAACUGAUGCUUUCUGUGAAGUUCUCAUCACUGCUGAACAAAGAGAGGGGUGGCAAGGAAUGAAAUGACAGGGAUUCUUCUCUCCAGCUCCCCAUACUUCCGAGCAGACACACCUUCCAUUCCUGACAUUUAAUUAUUUUUUUAAACAAGUGCAAAGUCUCAAAGUGAUUGACACAUGAAGACCUCUUCUUCCCCUCCGCCAUGGACACGUAUUUUUGAUUUUCAUUGCUGUGGGCAACACAUGUGAGGUGCUUGGAGAGAUCUGGAUUGGUAAAUCAUUUCUAAAUAUUUUUAAUACAAAGUCUUGGCUAUGGAUACAAACUCUUCUGGUACUGGGGGUAUGGCUGAUGAGACAGGCUUGGUAUAGAGAGCGGCUAUGGGGCUAGAAUCCAUCGCGGCAGAAUGGGUGUUGCUGUGUGGACCCUUGGAUAGAAUAUAUGAAUAUAAACUGGGUUAAAAUGAAGAUAAUGGCUUUACAAAUAACAGAUUGCACUAGUAUUGUGGUUGUGGCUGAUGCAGAGGAUAAGGCUGUAUUCAAUACAGCCCGUCCCGAGUUUGAAAGGUUCCUCUGUGUAACCAGAUCCUCGAUAGCACCUUGAUGUGAAAUUGCAGGCUGGGUGGAUGCAAACCACUGCUCCGUGGGCAGGGGCAGUGCUGCAGGACAGAUGGUGUGGCUCUGCGGGCACGGCUCCGCCGCGGCGAGGAAGGACGGAUGCAGACACGCAUCGCACCCCGCUCUCAGAUGUUCACACUUUGGUCUCUUUCUAACCUUUCACGUGUUUGUUUCUCUCUUUGACAUUUCCACCUUCCCAGGAGCUGGCAAGAGCGGUGCGUCUUUUUUGGCAUUGGGCACUGGAUGCCAGUGGAAAGGACAUUUUCAGCUACAGAGAUAGUCAUAAAAAGCUGACUCUUGUAGGGGGGGCUUGAGAACAUGUCCGUCUUGGUGCUGCUGCUGUAUCCUUCUGUCUUUUCCCUUGCCAGCAGUAUGGGGAGACCCAGAGAGUAGGCAGCUGAUCCAGGAACAGCGUGUACAGCUAUGAGAUCACAGAUAAUCCAGUUUACAUUGGAGUUUUCGGUUUUUGGGGUUUUUUUUAACCUUUUUAUAUUGCUGGGUAAGUGUUCCUAACAAAGCAGUUAGCGGUGGGAAAGGCCUGUACUCCAGUCAUCACUUAACAGAAAUACUGCACUUUUCCCAUUUCUGCCACUCCUUCUGCAGUGCCAAAUGUAGCUGAAGGAAAAGGGGUGAGAGGAAGUUUUUUCCUCCUAUUUAUUUCUUCUUCCUGCCUAUAUUUUCUUCUUUUGUUUCCCUACCCCCAAGCAAUGUAAAUAGUGCUCAGUACUUGGUCUGUUUGUUUUUCCCUCGCAUCUCUUUGUUAGGAGUGGAGAAAGCUAAUUUCAGGAGUUUUCCCUAUUUGUACGGGUUCUAUAUUUUUUUUGUUAAAAAAAUACAGUUCAUUGACUUAGGGGGAAUUUGGUCUCUUGCAAUUCCUCGCCAUGUUUCUACAGACCUCCUUUUGAGGGGGGGGGGGAGUUGAAAGGAAAUUGAAGAAAUUGUCUUCUUUUAAGCUCUCACCAGAAAAUAAACAGGGACAAAAGCAAAAGUAAAAAUUAUACAAGGCUGUCGAUUUUGCCAGAGGACCAAACAGAACCAGCAGAGAUUAUCCAAGUGCUGAGUUUUAAUUGCAAUACCUCUUGUGAGGAAGCAUCAGCAAAGCAUGGGUUUAGAUCAGAUGCUAGAUCUGGUGAGCUGGAGGAAGGAAUUUGCCUGGACACUGCCAUACUGUCCCAGGGGCAACUCUUUCUCACUUACUCUGACUCAUAUCUACACUGUUUAAUUCAUGAUACAUUUGUCUCUUCUUUGCCUCCUCUCUUCAGGCUCGGUGUAUUUUUUGGAUGACAGGAGAGUGACACAUCCUCCUUUCCUGAUUCAGGUUUAGUCCCAGCGUAUUUGCAGGGAAGAAUGUCUGAGGAGAACAAAAUACGACUGAAGUAGUGUCAUCAAGUGUCAGAGUUCAGACAGCUCCUGGCAAGCAAAGCAGAGGAUGUCCAGGAAUUAUGGAAAGUACGAAUGGGACUCUCAGGUAGAACUUUACCCCACUCAGCUUUCUCCCCCUUAGACGGGCAGCUGCAUGAAGAGGGUCUCCUCUGUGAACGCCCAGGUCUUUCCAGCCGAGUCCACCUCAGGUGGAUCUGUCUUCCCUCUCCGUUGCACCUCUAAAGGAAAGACCUUUGGGGUAUUUAAAUAAGACUGAUGAUUUGGUGUAGGUAGGAGAUAAAAGUUUUUGUGACCACCUUUUUUUACCCAUUUGCUUGGGCUUGCUUACAUCUCUCUAAGGAGGUAGCUCUUGUCCCGAAUGAUGACCUUUCAAUAUCUCUUUAAAAAUGUUUACAUGUUCAGAUGCUAACCUCCCCUGGGCAGGAGGGCCAGUGCUAGGUCAUUGUCCUGAACUGGUUUGGGUCUAGCCUUGGAGCAAGGCCUAGGAAAUCUCACUAAUCAGAACAGGGAGGAGGGGCAAGUGCCAAGAGCACCCCAGCAGAUGACAAAUGAGUAAGUGUUAACCUUUUCUUAUUUCUUUUUUAAAAAGCCUUCAGGGAAACAAAAAUGGUCGGGUAUGUUCCUUUGUGGGAGAAGAUUUGGGUGGCUUAUUGCUUUUUUCUCCAAACCAUUUUGUUCCCAUGUGCCUCUCCAGGACCAAUCUGGAUGUUUACGGUAACUUUAAGAGUAGCUUCUAAUGAUCCCUCUGUGUUGUUUACAGGAUUGGGACAAGUGGGUCAGCUUGUCCAGGGCUUCUUUUUCUUUUAAUGUGGACAUGUGGUAUGUUUACUGAGAUGUCUGAUUGAUGUCUAGAAGAUGUGCAUUAUCUCCAUGCAAGGCAGUGACAGGGAAUUAUCUAGAUGGGAAAAAGUGUGAAAAAAUUGACCUUAUAGAAAAUUCUAUGGAGCUCAAUAGAAAGAGAAAACCUAUCUGUAGAGUUUCCUAAACUCUGUGGAAUGGGAUAGAGAAUUAUACCCUGCUGUAUAAUUCCAUAACCUGAUCUCCAGAAAGUUGUAGAUAAAAAGCUGUAGAACUCUCAUUCUCUGUGAAUUCAGACUAAAUUUUUUUUUUUCAUAAAGGUCUUGACUUUCUGUGAAUAA